UGAGCUCGGCUGGGCGUUGGGCCCGGCCAAGCCCGCGCUAUGGCGGCCGAAGGGACAGCUGCGGCCGGAGGCGGGGCUGUCGGCGGCCGCUUGGCCAAGGACAGCUUGCUGCGGUCUAAGUGCCCCGACGCGGCCUCGAACGCGCGGCGCGGCUCAGCGCGGUCGCGUGACGCCGAGCGCCGAGCCUACCAGUGGUGCCGCGAGUACUUGGGCGGCGCCUGGCGCCGAGCGCGGCCGGAGGAGCUGAGGGUUGACCCCGUGAGCGGGGGCCUCAGCAACCUGCUGUUCCGCUGCGCGCUGCCGGACCACCUGCCCAGCGUGGGCGCGGAGCCGCGCGAGGUGCUGUUGCGGCUGUACGGGGCCAUCCUGCAGGUGAGGGCCGGCGCCGCCCCGGGGGGCAGGACCCCGAGGCUCGGGCGGGGCCUUGUCCGCUCCCGGGACGGCGUUCCAGGCAGAGGACGCGCCGGCUGCCGUGGGAGGAGAAGGCAGCCCCUCCUGUGUGUCGGUGCCGGUUUGCCUCCGGCCCCUUUGCUGUCCGUCUUCCUUCAGGGCGUGGAUUCCUUGGUCCUCGAAAGCGUGAUGUUCGCCAUCCUCGCAGAGCGGUCACUGGGGCCCCAGCUCUACGGAGUCUUUCCAGAGGGCCGGCUGGAGCAGUACAUCCCAAGUCGGCCCUUGACAACGCGUGAGCUUCGAGAUCCGGUGUUGUCAGCCGCCAUUGCCACGAAGAUGGCCCGCUUCCACGGCAUGGAGAUGCCUUUCACUAAGGAGCCCCACUGGCUGUUUGGGACCAUGGAGCGGUACUUAAAGCAGAUCCAGGAUCUGCCCCCGACUGGCCUCCCCCAGAUGAACCUGCUGGAGAUGUACAGACUGAAGGAUGAGAUGGGCAGCCUCAGGAAGUUGCUAGAUUCUACCCCAUCACCAGUGGUCUUCUGCCAUAACGACAUUCAGGAAGGGAACAUCUUACUGCUCUCAGAGCCAGAAGAUGUCGACAGUCUCAUGCUGGUCGACUUUGAGUACAGCAGUUAUAACUACAGGGGCUUUGACAUCGCGAACCAUUUUUGUGAGUGGGUUUAUGAUUAUACUCACGAGGAGUGGCCUUUCUACAAAGCACAGGCUGCAGACUACCCCACCCGGGGACAGCAGCUUCAUUUUAUUCGCCAUUACCUGGCGGAGGUAAAAAAAGGUGAGACCAUCUCCCGAGAGGAGCAGAAGAAACUGGAAGAAGAUUUGCUGGUAGAGGUCAAUCGGUAUGCUCUGGCAUCCCAUUUCUUUUGGGGUCUUUGGUCCAUCCUCCAGGCAUCCAUGUCCACCAUAGAAUUUGGUUACUUGGAGUAUGCCCAGUCUCGGUUCCAGUUCUACUUCCAGCAGAAGGGGCAGCUGACCAGCUUCCAUCCCUCGUCCUGACUCUCUACCUCCCAACUCCUUGGAUUUCUCCCGGAGCCUCCAGGGCAGGACCUUGGAGGGAGGGGCAAAGAGCAGGAAGCCCUGGGGACUGGGCUGAGCCCCCCGGAGUCAGACUGGGGUUGAGGAGGCUGACCUCACCCCAGGUUUGAGCAGGUCCUCACUGCAGGCGAGCGGGCGGGAGCCCCUGGGCUGUGUACCUAAAGACAAUAAACAAGCUCGUUCCCUCA